AAUGGCUUUUCCAUUGAGCAGCUGGCUGGCAUCAGGACAGGACAGGCCGCUCACAGGAAGGAUACCUGGAGGACACCGGCGCCCGCCAGCUGCUCGUCGGACACCGAGGGCGACUUCCAAGAGGUGUUCAUGGGAUGCACUAUCUAUGCGGCCAGCCCUAAGGCUCUGCCUGCCGACGAGGCCCAGGGCCAGGACAGAUACUACCAGCUCCCCCACUACAGCCAUCCUUAUGGUAACUGCAGUCAGAGGAUAGCAGCCUGCAGAGCCAGGGCCAGGAGCAUGACCGAGCAGCAGGAGCAGGGCGAAGUAACAGGCCUCAUCUCCACACACGACCUGGACCCCUCCAAAGACGACGACACACACAGCCACUUCAGAUUCCAGCUGAUUGAAGACCUUUCCUAUGAAGAUGUGAAGAAAUGCUACAGGGGAUCGUGUGUGUCUUGCAGCGGUUUGCUCCAGGCCUUGGAUGUGCGAGAGUGUGUGUGUGAGUACGGUGCCAACGUGCUGAGCCUGGUGCAGAGCUCUCGUCCUCUGUGGGAGAGGGUGGUGUCUGUGCCGAGCGGAGCCGGAGGAGGAGGAGGCGGCGGUGGCGGCGGUGAAAGUGGAGGGGUCGGCGGGGCUGGCGCUGUGCGGGCAGGCCGGUCCGCCAAGGAGCUGCUCAUGACUCUGCCCUGUCCCUCUGCACAGACUGUCAGCAAGUACAACUCGCAGUACCACAAACUGUUCCCAUGCGUGCCCAAGGAUGAGAUCCUCAUGAAAGUGUACUCCUGUGCUCUUCUUAGAGACAUCCUCCUGCAGGGCCGCCUCUACAUCUCCAGAAACUGGCUGUGUUUCUAUGCCAACCUCUUCGGCAAGGACAUCAAGGUGGCCAUCCCUGUCGUUACUGUGCGACUUGUGAAGAAGCACAAGACGGCCGGCCUGGUGCCCAACGGCCUGGCCAUCACAACGGACACCAACCAGAAGUAUGUUUUUGUCUCCCUGCUAUCAAGAGACAGUGUGUAUGAUGUCCUCCGCAGGAUCUGCACACACUUACAGGUCAACGGAAAGAGUCUGAGCUUGAAGCAGCUCAUGGAAGAGCCGACCUUAUCGCUGGAUGAGUUCCCGGCUCCGGAUGAGUUCCCCGUGGUCGACGAGUUCCCGUCGGUGUUAAAAUGGAGACGGAAACCUUCCGUGGUGUCCGUGUCCUCAUCCCUUCCCGACCUGCUGGGUACCUCCACCAGCAGCCUGGGAGCAGCAGACACACCCUUCAAGACGGAGCCGCCACUGGAAGAGAGAGGUCUGCAGACAGACAGAGGUCUUUUAACAGAGCCUGUGGCAGAGUUGGGUCAGAUGGAGUACCAGCUGCUCAAGUUCUUCACCCUGCUAAUAAUCCUCCUCAUCCUCUCGUCGUGCUACCUGGCCUUUCGUGUGUGCAGUCUGGAGCAGCAGCUCUCCUUCCUCAGUAACCCAAAUCUGCCCCUCAGAGAGAGGUAACCUCUGCCCUCCAUUUUUAAACCCUCUCUCUUCAUGCUUGGAGCCAGUGAUGCCCCACCCCGCCACCCCAGCACAGAUCCAGGAUCAGAACAAACCCUCCAAACCUCCCCCACUCGAAUCGUCAAGGUUCUGGGAUAACCACCCAACCCAAGAUCACUUCCAGACUAUGCAAACAGACUGUAUAUUUAUUUCUACACAGAAAGUAGAUUUUGUUAUAGAUUGAUGGCUGCUGAAUCCUCACUGCUCGGUUGUGCAGACGGAUGGUAAAGAGUUGAUGUCUGAGGAUGAAAUAAUGACAUGUGAGCAAGAGGAAAAUGUUUGUAUUUUUUGAUGGCUGCCAGCGUGAGUUUAUAUCAAACCUAUUUUUGACUAAUUGAGCAAACUAGUUUAAUUUUAGAGGGGAAGUUAAACCUAGCAAUAACGUUGCACUUUUUCUUGUCAAGAUGAAGUCCGAAUCAUUUCAGCCACGUGUCGCAUAAAGUGUGUUUUGCUUCAGUAAAAGGUACUCGGUUGUCAUCUUCAAAGGUCAUGUGAGCACAGAGAUUUCACUUGUUUCCAGUGAAACAGAGCAAUAAUAGCUUUAAAAUAAAGAGUGGAGUGAUUAGAUGAAAUUGUAUGUUUUUUCAUCACAUUUACGAAUAUUUGUGUAAAAAAAAAGUAAAAAGUUGCUUGGAUUAUUUUACUCAUUUCAAAUGAAGAUGUUACGUCUUGAGGACUCAGAGUGUUUGUAUUAUGAUGUUUGUCUGAGGAUAUUUGAUGGAUUUUCUAUGGAUGAUGAUGUAUUUGUGGACGCUUUUAAAUUAAACCUGCAACUACGUUAAGAUGA